CGCCCCUGGAAGGAUAUCCGAAGGCGGCCCGGUGCGCGACCUCCAUUGCCUGCCAGUACUCGUCAGGAACGAAGCUGGUCCGGACUAGGAAGCAGUUCAGGAGCCGCAGCGCCGCCAAGAAGAGGGCCAGCCUUGCCCACGGCGUAGUAGGGGCGAGACUGGGGCGCUCCCCCUCAGGAUCGCGAGGAGCGCACUUCCGCUUCCGGAGACGCGCUGCCGCCAUCGCUGGGACAGAUCUCGCGAGAGUUCAGGAUCAAGGUGUAAAAACUCAGAUCUCGCGAGAGUUCAGGAUCAAAGCGGUGAGAGCCUAACCAAUCGCGAUGGGGCGUGGGCGGAGCUUCUAAGACUCAAAACUCAGAUCUCGCGAGAGUUCAGGAUCAAGGUGUACAGACUCAGAUCUCGCGAGAGUUCAGGAUCAGGGUGUAAAAACUCAGGUCUCGCGAGAGUUCAGGAUCAAAGCGGUGAGAGACUAACCAAUCGCGAUGGGGCGUGGGCGGAGCUUCCCGCAGCUGCUCCUGGUCGCCAUCUUGGGUGUGUCGGGAGGAAUCUAUAUCUGGAAGCCUCUCUUCCUGGAGGCGGCGAAGCGGAAGGAGAAAGGCCCCGACCCGAAAGUGGAGCAGCCCUAGCGCCGUGCACGUGGGAAUGGCGUUCGCGGCCUAUUUCGACGCGUGUCAGACGCCUGGGAGGUAGAUUGGCCUGUCACGUGCCUCCCUGCCGCAAGGGAUGCUGGGAUCUGUAGUCCGGAAGCGACUCUCUCCUUCCUCCAGGCCUCUCUCUCUGCCCAAGGCGAAUAAACACAUUCGGAUGCUCUCUC